AUUUUAGUUGAGAGUUUUGCCGCACUUUUUAAAGUAAAAAAAUACAAUUUAUUAAUUUUGGAUAUUCUGAUCAUUUAAGUUAGUUUAUAGUGAGUAAUAAGUUAAUUAAUAUGGUAAAAGAGAAGUCGAGUAACAGCCGAAUAUUCGAUAAGGAUGGAUACCGUAAACGUGCAGCAUGCAUCUGUGUCAGAAGUGAUGAUGAAUCAGAGGUAUUGCUUGUGUCGUCAAGUAAAUAUCCUGAACGAUGGAUAAUUCCCGGUGGAGGUGUUGAGGAAAAUGAACAAUCAGGUGCUGAAACCGCUGUUAGGGAAGUGCUCGAAGAAGCAGGUGUUAUUGGUCGACUAGGAAGAUGCCUUGGUGUAUUUGAUAACGAGGAGCAUAAACAUCGUACGGAAGUGUUCGUUUUAAUCGUAACGCAAGAGCUUGAAGAAUGGGAUGACUCAAAGACUAUAGGUAGAAAGAGGCAGUGGUUUUCAUUAGAGGAAGCUCUCGAAAAAUUAGCUCUUCAUAAGCCAUUACAAAAACAUUAUAUAAAUGCACUCAAAAACUCAAUUACAACGUGAAAUGUCCUUGAUCAUUCACAUUAUAAUAUUGUAAAACACACACACACACAUAUUUUUUAUUACGAUAUGUCCUUUUUGACUUUUUUAAUCUCAUCGAAAUACCUAACACCCUUUAAUUUACAAAAAAUAUGUUAAUAUAAUUAAUAUCUUAUUAUUAUUAUUCAUCGCUACGAGUGAGUAAUAAUAAUUAAGUAAUUGAAAACUAAACAAUCAUCAUCGUCUUCUUCCAAGUCCCUAAAACUACGACUUCCUUGUGAAUAUAGUGAAAUGGGUAACAUCGAAUGAAGAAGAGAAGAAAAACUAAUUACAAAUCAUAAGCAAGCAGUCUAUUACUAUUCCUUUACAUUUUAUGAAGAUGUGAGACAAAAAAAAAGCUAGAAAAAGAAAAAAAAUAAAAUAUUUAGUAAAUUUUUAAGAUGACGUAAUGGAUGAAAAUGAGGAACGAAAUAUGAAUGAAAAAAAGAGAAGUUUAUCGCGAAAAAAAAAUUGUGAGAUUCUAAGUAAGUCAACCUUUAUUUUUCUGUUUAUUCUCAAAAUGAAUUGACAAGAUAUAAAUGUUUCACACUUAUAUGAGAGCUCGGAAAAAUUUAUAAACGUAUCAAUUUAAUUUCAUUUAAUUUUUGG